AUGGCUGAGGUGGAGAGCUUUGAAAAUCUUUUGGCUUGUAGAAAGCUAUUGAAAACUAGCUUGGAGAAUUCAAGAGCUCUUGCCUUGGCUUUAGACAAAACUGGACCAAGAUUGGCUGACAUAGACAAAAAGUUGGUAUUUUUUGAAGCUGCUAUUAGGCAUAGCUCUUCCAAAAACUGCACAUUUGCCACCAUUAGAGACCAUAUUAGUCUCGCUCUUGGUCCGGUUGUUGCAGUUCUGAAGAUCUUGGAUUCCAUCCGUGAACUUGAGAAGUUGCUGUUAUCAGGCUCAUAUUCUGAUAUUUCCUACCUUACAACCGUUAGACAGCUUGAAGAAGCACUAAGAUUUCUCGCAGCCAACUGCAACCUGGCAAUCCAAUGGUUAGAAGGAGUUGUCCAAUUCCUGGAAGAUAAUUCUGUAGCCAAUGACAGUUACAUCUUGAACGUUAAACGGUCAGUAACAAUUUUACAGGAGUUACAAGCAACCGGGCAGCAUGCUUGUCAGAAUGGAGAGUUUCUCUGUUGUGCAUUUGACAAGCUAGAAUUUUCAUUCAAGCAGAUUUUGACAGAUGGUAGUGUUCCAGCAGAGCAAGCCUGCAAUGCAGAAUCACCUUUUCCAGGGCCUAUUCUUCAGAAGUUACAGGCGAUUGUUGAGAAACUAAAUGUCAGCAACAGGCUAAAAAACUGCAUAUCAAUAUUUGUUGAAGUUCGGAGUCUGUAUACUAGAAAUAUUUUACAAGCUCCUGAUUUGGAUUACCUUGAGAAAGCAUUUACAGAAUUUGAUGACGUCCAGGAUAUGGAAAGUUGCAUAGAUGAGUGGAGCAAGCAUAUGGAGUUCAUUGUGAAACAUGUGCUUGAGCAUGAGCACAGGCUUUGCAAGGAAGUCUUUGGAAGCAUUCCAUCAGGUGUUUGGAUGGCCUGCUUUGCACGGAUUGCAUCCCAAUCUGAAAUCCUUUCUCUCCUCCACUUUGGAAUGAGCAUUGCUGAGAGUAAGAAAGGUCCUAUCAAACUCUUGAAUUUGUUGCACAUUUUUUCAGUUUUAGAAAAUUUAAGAAUGGAUUUCAACAAGCUUUUUGGAGGGGAAGCUUGCAUUGAAAUCAAAACCGCGACAAUGGAUCUUGUAACCAAAGUUGUUAAUGGUGCUAGUGAGAUUUUCUGGGAACUCCCCGUACAAGUGGAGCUGGAACGACAUAGUUCUCCCCCUAAAGAUGGAGGUGUUCCCAGGCUGGUAACCUUCGUGACUGAUUACUGCAAUCAGUUGCUUGACGACAAUUACAGACCAAUCUUGACUCAAGUUCUGAAAAUCUGUCAAGGCUGGAAACAUGAAAAAUAUGACGAGGGACUUCUUACCGGCCACAUGUACAGCAUAGUGAGAGAAAUGGCAGUCAACUUGGAUGCCUGGUCAAAAGCCUAUGAGCAAAGGGCAUUGUCCUACAUAUUCAUGAUGAACAAUCAUUGUCAUUUCCAUAGCCUGAAAGGAACAAAGCUAGGGAAUCUGAUGGGAGACCCUUGGUUAUGUGCUCAUGGACAGUACAAGGAAUAUUAUUCAGCUAUAUACUUGAGAGAGAGCUGGGGGAAACUCCUGGAUUGUCUAAUCCAGGAUAAUCCAGUUUCAUCCUCUUCUGCCGCCGCCGGGACUAUUUCUGAUUCGCCUAACAAGAGGCUAAAGGCAUUCAAUGAAGCCAUUGAUGACAUGUACAAGAAGCAGUCAAAUUGGGUCAUUCUCGAUGAAAGCUUGAGAAACAAGAUGCACCAGCUUGUAGUGCGGGCUCUCGUGCCUGCUUAUAGAAGUUACUUGCAGAAAUAUAGCCUUCUAGUCGAUCACAAUGAUAUUGCUGCAAGGAAUGUAAAAUACACAGUGCAAAGCUUGGAAAACAUGCUUAGCAUUCUCUUUCAGCCAAAGCAAAUAAAAUACCAAAGCAUGAGUGGCUCACACUUCACUGGUAAACAAAGAAAUGCUGUAAACAACCAAUUUCGCUUGACACUUACAGCUAUGUAACAUUAUGAACCUUAUGCAUUUAUCAAUUUAAGA